GGAGGGGCGUGGUUUUGUCUGUGAUUGGUUGGUUUGUGGAAAGGGGGCGUGGUUUUCUCCAGGAGUGAUCGCUGAUUGGCUGAUUGCCAAAAAAGGGGCGGGGUUUACACAUUUCCAUGGUCAAGGUAUUCACAGAGCGCCCCGGGAUUGGCCGCUCCGCCCGGCGCUUCUCGUCUGCUCCAAAGUCCUCCAGCCCGCCGAGUUUGCGACAGCGAAGCGGGGCGCGCUUUACGGCAGCGGGCCGGGGGUCCCGGUGGGAUUUUUGGGGAUUUUUGGGGGUCCCGGGGAGUUUUUGGGGGUCCCGGGGGGGGCCUGAGGCCGGUGCCCCCCCCGAGGAUGCCGCUGGCCGUGCAGUGGCCGUUCCCUGCGGAGCCGUCGCGGCGCUGGGCGCUGGCGAGCCGCGUGGUCACGGGGCUGGUGGGAACCUACAGCUGCGUGUGGACGCGGUACCUGAACAGGCUCAGGGUUCACAACGCUGAGGUUCUGCACGAGCUGGUGGAGAGGAGGGGCCCCGGGACCCCCCUGCUGACCCUGUCCAACCACUCCUCCUGCAUGGACGACCCCCACCUCUGGGGGUCCCUGAAGCUUCGGCACGUCUGGAACCUGCACAGGAUGCGCUGGACCCCCACUGCCGCUGACAUUUGCUUCACUCGGGAGCUGCACUCGAGAUUCUUCAGCCUGGGGCGCUGCGUGCCCGUGUGCCGCGGGGACGGCGUUUACCAGCGGGGAAUGGAUUUUAUACUGGAGAAACUCAACCAGGGGGACUGGGUGCACGUGUUCCCUGAGGGGAUGAGCGACGUCCUCCCCAACCGCCGGCCCUACGUGCCCCGGGUGGGGCAGCACAUCACGGUGGUCGUUGGGCGCCCGUUCAGUGUCCGGCCCCUCCUGGAGCGGCUGCGCAGCGAAGGGACCCCCACGGUGGAGCUCCGCAAGGCUCUGACCGAUUUUGUCCAGCGCGAGUUCGAGGCUCUGCGGGGCCACGCCCGGACCCUGCACCCCCCCCCCAAAACGGGGGGUCCCCCUGCCCCACACCCACCCCACAGCUCGGGGUCCACCCCAUAACUUGGGGUCCACCCCAGAACUGGGGCUUCACCCCACAGCAAAACCCUCCUGCCCCACAAUUGGGGUUUUUUACCCCAUAACUGGGGGGGGGGGGGUUUGUCCCAUAAUUUGGGGAUUUUACCCCAAAAUUUGGGGUCCUGCCCCACAGCAGGGGGUCCCUGGUGGAGUCCCUGCCCCAUAGAUUGGGGUUCUGCCCCAUAGAAGGGGUCCCACCCCAUGGUGACCCCCCCCAAAAUGUGCACGGUGCCAAUAAAAGAAGGUGAAACCUC